AUGAAGAUUGCACAUCACGAUGCUGUCCUCGAACUAAAAAUCUUUCCUAGACGGCCCGCUAUAACCGCGAUACCCGUGACCAUGCAUCGACGCAAGCCUAGCACGGAGGAUGACAACUUGACAACUGCUGCGCCGACAGCGUCAAGCAGUUCCACCUCCUUGCAGAUACCCGGGGAUCCUGUAGAAUCCUCGAAAAUAGGCGGAUUGCAAUCCCAAACGAGCAUACCGCCAGACAUAUCCCCAACCAAGAUGACCCUGCUGUCGUCGGGCUCGACAUCUCUUGCUCCCUCGCUCAAACCACCAUCGCCACUUGGCCCCUCAUUUCAGAUUUCGCCCCCCAUCAGCAAUGGCAAUGGCAACUUAUCUCCCCCAGAACAUCUUCGACGGCAUUCGCGCAUACAUUCGCGGAACCUAUCUGUGUUCUUUCCUCGCCCGGGACAAGCCCCGAGCGAAGCGACCAUAGCAGAGGACGCUGGACAGUGUAUUGAAGCUCCCGUCACCCUCAUUCCAACUGCAUCUACACCCCCGCCGAGGAGAUUAGGUGACUCGUUCCGGUUCGGAGAACCGCCGCCUCCUGGCUCAGACGACUCUCCGGACGGUCUCGGCGUCCCUGCGCCGCGAGGGAGCGCACGGAGAGGGCACCAUCAUAAACAUUCACUUUCGCACAACUUCUUCAGCUUUAUGGAGCCAGGAUCUAUUCCACCGCGCGGCACACCUGCAACGCCGGCUACAUCGCACCUCUCCACCCCGAGCAACCUCGAAACACCCUGGCAACCAGUUUCUCCAUUUCCUCCAAGCAACAGCAUGCCCACGUUCCCUUCCAUCGAUGGAACCGUCUUGCCCUCUUCCUCAAGUCAGAAUCUUGCGAGUCUCGCAGCGGUUUCGAUGGCCGACAGAUCGACCUUAGUGCGUUUCCUGAUGCUUCCCAACUCACUCAAGCAAGCCUUGCUGUUCGCAUUGGUGCAGUUUGGUGUGGGAGCCACAUUAUGGGUUACUGGCCAACAGAGGGAGAGUUUGGCGAGUACUGGGCUGGGGUACUGGGUCGUAUUCGAUGCAGCGGGAGUGUACUUGCGCGUGGCCCGGAGCAUGACGAGAUACGCGGACCCAAGUCAGAGGACAUUGAGGAAUCCCUUCGGAAACUUGCGCAUAGAAACAGUCGCCCUUUUCGCACAAUCAGUAUACCUAAUGUUCGCCGCCGUGUAUAUAUGCAAAGAAACCGUGGAGCAUGUCAUUCUCUCAAGUGGUGGCGAGCAGCAUCAUCAUCAUACCGGUGCGUCAGAUGAUGAUGAAUUCGAGUCCCUGAACUUCCCCAAUCUCCUCAUUCUGUUCUCGUCGUCUCUCAUUAUUCUAUCCAACUUCAUAUAUAACAAUCACUCAAAAUUGGUCGAUGCAAUCGGCUACCGAUUCCCUACUCUAUAUAAUCUAAUCAAGUCACCUGAUUCCCCAUUGGAUCCCCUUCAGACAUCUGGCAUCGUGCGAUUUCUCGCCAAUCCAUUUACUCUCGCACCCGUCGCAUUUGGAGUUCUAAUUCUUCUCACUUCUAUGUUAUUCGAACCGGAAUUCCGCCGCUCAGCGGAUCUUUUACUUGCGGCUGUUGAGACUGUAUUUACCUUUGCCAUCGCAUACCCUGCUGCCGUCUCUCUCGGCAAAGUUUUGCUUCAAACCGCGCCGGUCCGCGGCCUUCCGAAUCGUCAGAUGGACAAGUUCGAUCGUGCCCUGCGAGAAGUCAAGGGACAUCCAAUCGUUCUUCAUGUGCCCGCCCCCCAUGUAUGGCAAUUAACACCCCCACCGUCGGAUCCGACAGAGCGUGGACCACUCGUCGCUACAGUGGAUGUCCACGUCAAGAAGGAUACAGGGGAUGACGACAUCCUGAAACUCACACGUUGGGCAUGGGAGCUAUGUACAGAAGCACUGGGAGGAGAGGUCACUGUCUCUAUCCUUCGCGAGUAG